GGGGAGAGAUCGGCUGACUUCCGGCCAGGCCGUUGUCUGGGUGGCGCGGUCGAGUCAUCCCUGGGCUUCGCCGCUCGGAUCUCCCAUCCCUCCCCCCGCCCCGGCGCGGGGGGUCGACCAGCCGAGUGGGGCGGGAGGCGACCCGGACCCUCCUCUCCGUUUCGUUCUGGCCAGCUCCCUGGCUACCCGCGCUGGGGCCUGGGGUCCUUGGGGCCCGCGAGGCCCGGUCUGAGGGGCCGGGGCCUACGUGGGCCCGCAGCUGGGCCCCAUGAGGCAUAGCCUGACCAAACUGCUGGCGGCCUCCGGCGGCGAUUCCCUAACCCGCAGCGAGAGCCCGGCGCCGGCCGCGACCUGCUCCCUGCCCGCGGACUCGACCCGGGCGGCGGCGGCGGCGGCGGCGGAGGAAGAGACGGCGGCGGCCGGAUCUCCCGGCCGCAGGCAGCCCCGCGGCGACGAGGCCGAGUUGGAGGCCGGGAGGGGGGGCCGCGGCGGUGCGGCCGUGCGCGCGCCCUCGCCCGAAGAGAUGGAGGAGGAGGCGGUCGCCAGCGUCCCCGGGGAGGAGACGGAGGAUAUGGACUUUCUGUCCGGGCUGGAACUGGCGGAUCUCCUGGACCCCCGGCAACCGGACUGGCACCUGGAGCCCGGGCUCAGCUCGCCCGGGCCUCUCUCCUCGUCGGGCGGAGGCUCAGAUAGCGGCGGCCUGUGGAGAGGGGACGACGACGACGAGGCCGCGGCUGCCGAGAUGCAGCGCUUUUCUGACCUGCUGCAGAGGCUGUUAAACGGGAUCGGAGGCUGCAGCAGCGGCAGUGACAGUGGCAGCGGCGAAAAGAGGCGGAGAAAGUCCCCAGGAGGAGGCGGCGGCAGCAGCGGCAACGACAGCAACCAGGCGGCGACAAAGAGUCCCCGGAAGGCGGCAGCGGCUGCUGCCCGUCUGAAUCGGCUGAAGAAGAAGGAGUACGUGAUGGGGCUGGAGAGUCGAGUGCGGGGUCUGGCAGCCGAGAACCAGGAGCUGCGGGCCGAGAAUCGGGAGCUGGGCAAGCGCGUGCAGGCACUGCAGGAGGAGAGUCGCUACCUACGGGCCGUCUUAGCCAACGAGACCGGACUGGCUCGCUUGCUGAGCCGGCUGAGCGGCGUGGGACUGCGGCUGACCACCUCGCUCUUCAGAGACUCGCCCGCCGGUGAUCAUGACUACGCUCUGCCGGUGGGAAAGCAGCAGCAGGACCUGCUGGAAGAGGACGACUCGGCGGGAGGAGUGUGUCUUCAUGUGGACAAGGAUAAGGUGUCGGUGGAGUUCUGCUCGGCGUGCGCCCGGAAGGCGUCGUCUUCUCUUAAAAUUUUCUUUUUUAGGUGAUUUCCUUCCUGCCAGGCUCCGUUGUAGGGGUUACAGAACAGUCGUUCCCGCCUCACAACCUGACUUGCGUGUACCUAGCUCUUCUGUCCCCAGUGUGGACAUGGCCUUGGAUGACAUCGGUUCCAACUGUACACUGAAAGCUGCUAAUAGAGAUACAGUUUGGAGACAGUGAAACAGGUGAAGUUGAAUGGAAGUUCCGAGUUGUACAAGGUGCAAAUUGGAAUUCCAAUUUUAGAGCAACUUUUCAGAGGUUGACAAUAAGUAUUGGGGGCAUGCACAAAUGUGAUAGCUAUUUUGCUUGGAGAUGACAGAAAUCUCUUAAAUAUUCAAGAAUGCCUUUUAGUUUUCCGUAGAAAAUCUAGAAAUACAGUCUAUUCAGAUUAACAGAUUUUAACCUCUCACCAAUAGAGAAGUUGGAAAUUAAUAUGCAUAUCAGACUUCUGUGUUAGUUAAUUGAAGGAGGAAUAAGAAUGGUUGAUGAAAUGUUUCUUUGAGGACCAGCACAGUGGUAACCCUAUCACUGAGUAUGAAUAAAUUGUUGAACACCUUUAUUUUUGUUGUAUUAAAAUUUUAGGUUAAAUUUUUGUAUGAUUAGAUAUUGAAGGUUGUGAAAUGUGAAUGAAAACGUGUAAAGUGAGGCUUCACAAAGAAUCUUAUUCUCCAUAUUUAAACGUAUUUGUCCUAUUUAAAAAUAGUUUUUAAAAUUGAGUGGUUCUGGCUACUUAAUGACACGAUGGACACUUUUUCCAAAGGUGGGACAUAUUUUUCCCCUGAAGUACUCUAUUAUCUAUUGUCCAGUUGUAUAAAUUGAGUUACGGUGUCCUUCAGUGUAAGAGGCAUUAAGAAAUUCUUUGUGAAACAUCACUGUUUGAUAAAGUAUAUACGUAUUUAGCAUCCUUGUUUUUCUUUGUGCUAAAGUGGAUACAGCUGUUGGGGCAGAAGAGACGGGACCAGCUGCUGGCCACAUUUCCUGCUUUAUUUUAAAAGGUAGUAUAAGAAAUGAGGAAAAAGAGGUAAUAUCAGGGCUUCUGCUGUCUUUUAUUUUAAAAUGUUCAUAAUAAGUAUUUUCCAGCAGUCCAAAGAUGUAAGUUAUCUUACACAUAAAAUGUUUUAUUUUGUUGUUAUUUGGUUAUGAAAAUGGAAUCCUUGUUCUUGCACAACUGUAAAUGUUUUGUUGCUAGAUAAUACGAUUUGAGACAGAACUUGGUCUCUGGUUUCCAGUGCAUCACAGCAUAUUUUGUAAAAUCAUCUGCACUUGAGCAUGAAUGGGUAGUAGCCAAACUCACAACCUGGAGUGAUGAACCUGCUUAUACCUAAGUGCAGGAGCAAGCCCCUCACAAUGCAGCUGCAUGGAUUUUUAGUGCCUACUGAAUUAUAUAUAUAUAUAUAUAUAUAUAAAAACCAAAAGUAGUUGGAAAAAUUAUUUGAAAUGACUAAUUUGUGCUAUCUUUAUGGAAUAUGUUAAAUGUAGCUUUUUGAAACAGAAGCCUUGAAUUGAAAUUUAAUUAAUACUUGAACAUUUUGUAUAUAUUUCUUUGUAUAUAAUUUUGUGCAGUACCAAUGACAAAAAUACGGUGUCAUAAUAAAACCAGGUUUGUUGAUCUUUCAGUUAUGGGCUCAAAGAAUUUAUUCAUCUCUAACAUGACAUUGGAAAAUAAUGGAUGAAAAUAGGAAAAAUGAUUGUUGUUAAUGCUGACUGUGGGUCUUAAAAGGUUCUGGAAGCAGUAAGUGCGUUUUUCUAAAGAUUAUACCAUUCCCUUGGAAUAUCUUCUUCCUAAUGUCAGAGCUUUUCCUGCAUUAUUUGAAGUUUGGGGCUGGGGAGAAACAGUAGUCAAAGCUUUCUGAGUUGGGAUGCUUUGACAUUCUAAGUGUAGAUUUUUAGAAUGUCAUUUUAUAAAUGGCAGUUUUUGGAAAUACUUGAUUAAGAACUUUUGAAAAUGGAGAUUAGUAUCACCUAUUUUUAAAGCUGCUUUGUUAGGUUCCUUAUGUUUUAACUGUCUUAGUUUCCAUUUCAUUCUCUUUUUUUUCUAAUUUUGGUAACUUAGUGAUUUUGUCAUUUUUUACAUCAACUUCAUGGUCUUGUUUUUACAUGGUAUUGCAUGUAUUUAGGACCUAUCUAACAGGGGCUUUAAAUAAAUUUGGUCAUAUUUAUGUGUAAGCACAUUUUACUGUAAAUGUUUGAGUUUCUGAAUUUACAACAGAUCUGUUUAUUUCAGUAUGUGGUAAACAAUAUCUUAAAAGUGUCCUAUUCACUACUUGUUAAUUAAAAAAGUUAUGAUUAAUAUGAAACUGUUGUCUUACUAUUUUUAGAAAACUGUGUUUUGAAUGAAUAGUAGUUGGAUAAAGGAGAUUUCUGAAAUAUAGACUGCUUUGAAAUUUUCAGGUUUGGCUCUAUUUACUGUAAUGGAUAAAAAAAUUUAGUAUUUGGGGAACUUUUUUUUUUUCCUAAUUGUGUCUCUAUUGGCAAAAUGAUAGAGAACUAGACUAAAGAUGUAGCUUUUUAAUAUUUGUCUUCUGAUGGUGACAGGAAUUCAUACAUUAAUUGAACUAACACAUCAUAAUGACCUACUGUUUCUAUCAUUGACUUACUGUUUCUGCACUUCCUUGACCAGACUUAACUAAAAAGUCCACGUUUGUUAAGAUGUAGUCACACCUUUGAUAUAAUCCAACAAAAAGUGUUCAAAAUAUUUUAAAUAUUUGUGCAUUUUAUAAUCACUAAAUUAAUCUCUCUCUCUUCUCUUUAAACAGCUUAGCAGUGUCUACAAAAACGAAUCUUUUCCUACAACCUGUUAACUGACUGGACUGAUGGUAACAAAGUAAUUGUGGGAGCCAUGUCGGUCAAAAAUUUGGCAUCUGCUGAAAAAAAUGAAUGCCAUUUUCAAGUUCCCAAAUUACUUCUGUACUGAUUUCACUUUCCAGAAAUGGAGAUAUGAAAAGAUUCUCUGGAAUCCUUGAAAGACUUAAUAGAAAUACAUGAGACUAAGCUAAUUUUGGAACAAAAUUAUUUUUUUGUCUUUCAUGGAGUGAUUCUCACUUCUUUGCAUACCUUUUAAAAAUUGUCACCAUUGGAGAAGAGAAUUAUAGUAUUUCAUCAAGGCAUAUUAGAUUCGUUACAUAAUCAAGAGCACAUUCUAUGGAAUUACAUUUAGUGGAGUAGAAUUACAUAAACAGGCCAUCAGUGAUCACAAGGCAUAUCAUGAGUUUGUAUUUGUUUCCUGGAACAUGAGAGCUAAUCUGAAGUACAGACAGACCUUGCUGAGUAGAAAAGUUAAUGUAAAGUCCUUAACUAUAAAGAGUAGUCUUUAAAUAGAUGCACUGAUUUAUAUCUGUAUAUCUUUGAAAAAAUUGAUUAUGAUUAAAUGUCUGGGUAGUUAAUUGCAAUUCAGAGUAAUACCAGGAUGUGUGCAUUAUGAGGGUUUGGCUUGAGCUUUUCUCUGAGUACUUGACAUUUUUUUGAAUAUUUUGAGGUUUCUAAUGAAUGGUAUACUAGUUUCUACUGUUUUGUAUUAAACUUUCUCUAGUGUUAUGUAAGGGCUUUAGUAUUCUGGAUGAUGGGAGUGGCUUUUUUUGUGGAAUAUGGUUGUUUUAUUUAAUUGAAACAUUUUUCCAGUUUAUUACAAGUGUGAAAAAAACACUCAAAACUCUGAUUGUUUAAUUUCAUUUUUGUUGGAUUAUGUUAAUACAUUCUUUCACCUGGUCUAGACUGA